AUGAGUGAAGACUCCAGUAUUGAGUGGCGAAUCUUCACAGAAUUGGCAGCAUGGAACAGAAACAAUCCUGCUCCAACUCAACCACCAAAUGAAAUGGCUGACCACCCCUAUCACCGCUCUGCUGAAGCGGCGCUCUCAAGACUGGCCGACUUCAGGACACAGAAUCCUCUUCGUUUCAUGACCGCUUCAGCAGCCCCUUCGCUAUCCCCUGGCUUGCCUUCUCCGGUGGUGUCGACAAUCACAUCUAUACCGCAGCAGUCGCGGCCAACACCAAAUAUGCCCCAGUUCCACCCUUCGCGCAUGAACAUCCCACCAACAGCGUAUGCUCCCGCAUACGCUCCCGCCCAUCAGAUAUCGCAAGCGAGCCACAUGCCGCUCCUUGCUACACAGCCGCCCUCUCUGCGACCACCAGAGCCGCAAGCGUACGAACCACUGGUUCAUCCCGAACCGCUCGCGUGUUUGACUUACAGUAUGGUCUACGAUCGAGUUUAUCUGGUUCUCCAGGAUAACCUAAGCGAGUGGUGGACAAGGAAUCCAGAUGCGCUACAGAAUGUAUCCCGUAAGCCAUCUCCUCCGCCCUCCAUGUCCCUUCUCUUUCACUAA